AAGAGCUUGUUUAACUACAAACAGCUGGGCCAACUGCCACUAAUAAUAAUUAUAAGAACAACGUUAUAAGAACAAAUACAAGAACACAUUUUUCUAAUGUCGGAACCAUGAACACACACACCUGUGGUCGGAACUUAUUAGUGUAACAUCCAGCGGAAGUAAACAACACAGGAGCUAGUCGCUUUAGCUGCAGGGUGUGUUGACUUAGCUGGGAGAAGUCUAUCAGUGUGACAGUGAGACAUCUUACUUGUAGUAAAGCAAAAAUGUCUUCAAUUCACUGUUUUAGAGAGUUAAUCAAUGAGCGACUAACUGCUGCUGCUGAAGAAAUAUUUGGAGUUUUUCAAAAAACUAUCGUCGAGUAUGAGGAAGAGAUCGAUCGUCAGCGCAGACUGCUGGAUAUCGCUUGGAAAUCUGAAAUGGAUUUACACAUAAUAGAGCUCCCACAGCAACAUGUCUGUAAGGAGGAGGAGGAGGAGGUUCUCAGUGACCAGCAGUUCUGUGACCAGGAGAGGAACUCCAGUCUGGACCAAGAGGACCCAGAGCCUCCACAGAUUAAAGAGGAACAGGAGGAACUCUGCACCAGUCUGGAGGGAGAGCAGCUGGUGCUGAAGCAGGAGACUGAAGCCUUUAUGUUGACUCCUACUUGUGAGGAAAGUGACAACAGUGAAGACCAGACAUUAGACUUGAGUCCUGAUGAAACUCAGAGUGCAGCAGAGAAAGAGCAUUUUGUCAGCAUGUCAGAUAAAAGCUUUGUGGUACCAGAACCAAACUGUGAUGACCAGCUCCUCUCUCACAACUUUCAUGUAGCUGAGAGCCAAGAUCACAAAGGAGGCAAACGAGACUCAGGAUCAACUAGAAAUGCAGAGCCAAAAGCACAGACCAGUCACCACAAAGGCAAAAGUCACACUGUCCGUGAAGACAAGUCCACCAUGCUGAAGAUUCACAGUGACUCUUAUACAAGGAAACAAUCUUUAAAAUGUGACACCUGUGAGAAAAGUUUCUGUUCGACAUCAGCAUUGAACGCUCAUUUAACAAUCCACACAGGUGAAAAGCCAUAUUCUUGUCAGACAUGUGGGAAAGAUUUCAGAUGUAAUAGCGGAUUGAUGGCCCACAUGAGAACCCACACAGGUGAGAAGCCAUACAUUUGCAACACCUGCGGGAGAAGGUUCGGCCAGUCGUCAAACUUGAUAAGGCACAAAAGAUUACAUACAGGUGAGAAGCCACAUUCUUGCGACACCUGUGGGAAAAGAUUUAGUAAAAUGUCAGGAUUGAAAACUCAUAUGGCAGUCCACACAGGUGAGAAGCCUUAUCUUUGCAACACCUGUGGGAAAGCGUUCUGUUUGACAUCAGCAUUGAACGCACAUUUAGCAGUCCACACAGAUGAGAGGCCAUAUUCUUGCAAAACAUGUGGGAGAAAUUUCAGAUAUAAGAGCGGAUUGAGGGUCCACAUGAGAACCCACACAGGUGAGAGGCCGUACUCCUGUAACAUCUGCGGUAAAAGGUUUUAUCACCCGUCAAACGUGAUACAGCACAAAAGAAUACACACAGGUGAGAAGCCGUACCUUUGUAACACCUGCGGGAAAGGGUUUUGCAACUCGUCAAACUUGAUAAAACAUAAAAGAAUACAUACAGAUGAAAGGCCGUAUCCUUGCAAAAUAUGUGGGAGAGAUUUCAGAUCUAAAGAUGUAUUGGUGGUCCACAUAAGAACCCACACGGGUGAGAAGCCGUACUCUUGUGACACCUGCGGGAAAAGAUUCAGUCAGACAUCCACAUUGAAAUCUCAUAUGAGAAUACACACGGGUGAGAAGCCAUAUUCUUGCUAAACAUUGGGGAGAGAUUUCAGAAACCAUAUCUUUGCAACACCUGUGGAAAAAGAUUUGUCAACACUGAAAAGGAAGAUCCACAACAAUUAGAGGCCAUUUUCUUUCUGACUUGAAGCAUGAGAAGAGCCCACAAGCAAGUAUUUUCCAUUUAAAAAAAAGAAGCCACAACAUCUUUGUGUAAAAAGAAGAGUUUGCCGUCAACAAUGACUUCAUGUUUUGUUAAACUGAACUUGUAUUUUUUUUACAUCAUAUUACUGUGUUGCUCAUGUGGGAGAAAUGUAUUUUUAAGGACUGUACGCAUUGUUCUUGCAAUGUUUUUACUGAUUUUCUUCCAUUUCCUGCUGUUUUAACUUCCUCCCUGGAGACUGUUGUGUAUUUACGUGCUGCAUGAUUCUCUUCUCCACUGUAUGCUAUAAAACAGGAAGUGACAACUGA